CUUCCUGGUUCUGUGCCAGACCAGUCGACGGUGCUCGCUCUCUAUCUCUCGGCUUCUCCUUGGUAUUCCUGGCGUGAGGAAUUUAAUCCUGAGAUCGGCACAGGUUGAUUAGAAUGCUGGCGCUGGUCGACCCAGACUUGGUGCAGGAAGGCUGGUGGCGGGGGCAGUGACAGGAGAACUGGGCAAAUAACACAGCCAGACUGUCAAGGGGAUGUGUGUUCUGAAGAGCUUGUUAGUGAUGGACAAAGGGAUUGCUUCAUAUUAAGCCGACGGCACAGAGAACACACAAACGCGCACCGGAAUCUGACUGCUGAAUAUCCUUCUGAACGCCGGGGGUGGGGGGAGCAGAAUGGGGAGCACGGAGGCCACACUACGCAUGGAGAAUGUGGAGCUGAAGGAGGAAUGGCAGGAUGAGGAUUUCCCCAGGCCGAUCCCUGAGGAGGCAGCAAUGAACACCAUUGGAAGUUUAACAGCUCCAGAAAACAGAGCUCUGCCUCCGAACACACUCAAUAUCAACGGAGCUUACGCAAAGCGUAAAACACUUGUUGCUCCUGAAAUUAACAUCUCCCUGGAUCAGAGCGAGGGCUCCAUCCUAUCGGAUGACUACCUGGACACGCCCGAUGAUCUGGACAUUAAUGUGGAUGAUCUGGAGACCCCGGAGGAGACAGAUUCCCUGGAAUAUUUGGGAAAUGCAAACGAGUUAGAAUGGGAAGAUGACACGCCGGUCGCCAGUGCCAGGAACUCACCCAGUGCCAAAGGAGGGUCCAUGGAGGACGGGGCGGGGGAUGACAGUGCUGCCACUAAUGGCCGACUGUGGAGAACCAUCAUCAUCGGAGAGCAGGAGCAUCGCAUUGACAUGAAGAUCAUCCGGCCCUACAUGAAGGUCAUCACACACGGAGGUUACUAUGGAGAGGGACUUAACGCCAUCAUUGUCUUCGCGGCUUGCCACCUGCCUGACAGCGGCUGUGCGGAUUACACCUAUAUCAUGGAGAACCUUUUCCUCUAUGUGAUCAGUAUCCUGGAGUUGCUGGUGGCCGAGGACUACAUGAUUGUGUACCUGAACGGGGCCACACCUCGCCGCAGGAUGCCUGGCCUGGGCUGGCUGAAGAAGUGUUACCAGAUGAUUGACAGAAGACUGAGGAAGAAUUUAAAGUCAUUAAUAAUUGUCCAUCCCUCCUGGUUUAUUAGGACAGUGUUGGCAAUCUCCAGGCCUUUCAUCAGCUUUAAGUUCAUCAGUAAAAUCCAGUACGCUUACAGCCUGUCGGAAUUGGAGCAGAUCAUUCCCAUGGAGCAUGCUCAGAUCCCAGAGUGCGUCUUACAAUUUGAAGAGGAAAGAAUCAAAGCAAAGAAAGACAGAUUGAUUGAAGAACAGAACGGGACAGAGACAAGCAGACCCACAUCUGCUGCAGAUGUCCAGGAGCAAAGGAACAUGUGAAACUUGACCUCGGGGUCUGAGGUUUGAAGAAAACGUGGGGAUUUGGGGUGAAUGAAGAAUUGGUU